AUGACCUCAUCGUCGCCAGAGGCAUGCAGUUACCAAUACUCGCCUUUCCCUUCCCUCGUCUGCACUCUUCACCACACGCGCCGCAAGCCUGUCAUAUCCGCUCGCCAUUCUUCCAAGGGCCACCGCCAAUUCCCACGAGAGGAAACGCGCCUCGCUCUGGCAGAGGCAUUUCCCAUGGGCGACGCGACGCGAUGUGAUGCCACUUGGCGCGCCGACUAA